AUGACAGCCCUCCUUUCUACACAGUUUGAGCAUAAAUGUUGCCCCGAUGAGCUGGAGAUGCAUGGGUUAUCUCUCUUCACUCCUUACUUGUACCUGUCUUCUUUCGGUGUUGAUGAAGUCUUUCUCCUCAGAGCACAGUGGGAAAUUUAUUGUGACAUGGUCAUAACAUUCACAUUGUCUAUAUCUGAGGAGAUGCCUACACUCAGGGAUCUUAUGGGUGGAGUGAAGAUAGUCUUCUCUAUCAACUUCUUGGUCAUUUACUUCUUCUUUGCAACCUCUAGUGAGGUCUUCUUUGAGGAGCAUUUUGAUGACGAAUGGGAGGAUCAGUGGGUAGUAUUUAAUUGGAGGAAGCAAGACUAUAUGGCCGGGGAAUGGAAUCAUACUUCCAGCAAAUGGAGUGGAGAUUACGAGAACAAAGGUAUCCAAAUUACCAUGGAUUAUCAAUUCUAUACCAUUUUGGCAGAGUUGCCAGAGUUUAGUAAUAAGGAAAAGACAUUAGUUUUCCAGAUCUCAACUAAGCAUGAGCAAAAAAUUAAUUGUGGUGGUGGCUAUAUGAAGUUUAUCAGUGAGGAAAUUAAUCAGAAGAAGUUUGACAGUUAA